AUGGGUUGGACUUUUGCAGAUAGCUCAAUUGUAGCUGGUUAUAUUUCUAUUUUGUUUUGGCUCAUUGUCUUUAUACCACAAUUACUGGAGAACUACAAGCGAAAAAAUGGCGAUGGACUCUCACUUUCGUUCCUAUUUAUUUGGCUCGCAGGAGACAUAUUUAAUUUGGCAGCAAUUAUUAUGGAAAGGCUCAUGUUAACCAUGUUUCUAUUGGCCCUGUGGUACACAGUCGCUGACAUUUGUCUGAUUUGGCAAGUCGUUUAUUAUAAACAGUGUGUCACCACAGAACCAAACUCUAAUGAAGAUGAAGCCGUCGCUUUAAUAGCAACAAAAACCAUCAAACAGAGAAGACCAAGCGUGCUGGAUUCUUCAGACGAAGUUUCGGAUGAGGAAGAAGAAGCAUUAGAUAACGACAUUGUGCCUGCGAAAGAAAAAAUGAAUCCAAUUUGGAUUAAUCUUAUCGGUUUUCUUGUACUGACUGCAGUCACCUUAACAUUUUGCUAUGCUUAUGUCAUUGUUAAAAAAGUCGAUGAUGAAAACAGUAUUAGGCUUAUUCCUCAAAUAUUGGGCUGGUCCAGUGCUGUUUUAUACGUAGGAAGUAGAGUUCCGCAGUUAAUUAAGAAUUGGCGCCAACAAAGUACAGACGGCCUAAGUUCUGGUAUGUUUAUAUGUGCUGUCUUUGGGAAUCUAUUCUUUGCAUCGUCUAUAUUUUUAAAAUCCACAGAGAGAAGAUACAUCAUUGUAAACUUGUCCUGGAUUAUUGGAAGUUUAGGAACUGUCAUUUUUGACAUCAUGAUCUUCCUUCAGUUUUAUGUAUUUAAUCGUCGCAAGCUCAAGCACAGAGCAGACUAA